GCAUCAUCACCUGCCCUAAUGAGGUAGGUUUCAACUCGAUGCAUUUAGUAAAAAUUAGGAGAUGGGAGAGUGCUGACCUGUAGUUUUUUUGGUCUGCUGAAGAUGGUGGCCAUGUCAAUGGCUGAUGGAUACGCUCGAUUGACUGGCAAGCCUCAGUGCGUAAUCAUCCAUGUCGAUGUUGGAACUCAGGGUCUCGGAGCGGCUGUGCACAACGCAUCCACAGGUCGAGCCCCCGUAUUGGUGUUUGCUGGUCUCUCGCCCUUCACUCAGGAGGGCGAGUUGCGAGGCAGCCGCACUGAGUACAUCCACUGGAUCCAGGAUGUCCCCGACCAGAAGCAGAUUGUCGCGCAGUACUGCCGCUACACGGCCGAGAUCAAGACGGGCACCAACGUGAAACAGAUGGUUAACCGAGCUUUGCAAUUCGCCACAUCUGAUCCCCAGGGCCCCGUCUAUCUGUGCGGUGCGCGAGAGGUUAUGGAGGCCGACAUCACUCCUUACUCCCUGAAGCAGGAGCACUGGGACCCUGUCGAGCUCGGUGGUCUGCCCAAGAGAGCCGUGACCAAGAUAUCCGAGGCUCUAGCCGGUGCCAAAGAGCCUCUUAUCGUCACCGGAUAUUCGGGCAGGAACCAUGAUAUCCCCGCUGCCUUGGUGGAACUCGCCAACACGGUCAAGGGACUGCGAGUGCUUGACACUGGCGGCAGCGACAUGUGCUUCCCUUCAGAUCACCCGGGAUGGCUAGGGCUUCGCUUCGGCGCUGACGAUGCCAUCACCACCGCCGACGUUAUUGUUGUCCUUGACUGUGACGUGCCCUGGAUCCAGACUAGGUGCAAGCCUCGCGAGGAUGCCAAAAUCUUCCACAUCGAUGUCGACCCCUUGAAGCAGCAGAUGCCCCUCUUCUACAUCCAGUCUGACGCCAGGUACCGCGCGGAUGCGUUGACGUCUGUUGAGCAAAUUACCGCCGCUUUGAAGGCCCCUGAGCUUGCCAGCAAGAUGGAGGCGACCGCUGCUGAGCUGGAACAGAAGCUUGUCAAGUCGUAUGAGGCGAAAUUGGCAGCAAUUUCCAAGGCUGCUGAGCCUCUAAAGGACGGCACUUUCGGAACUGGUCACCUCUGCCAGGUACUUCGCAACGUCUGUCCCGAAGACACCCUGUGGGCAGUCGAGGCAGUGACCAACACUGGGUUCGUCCACGACAAUCUGCAGCCUAAAAUUCCCGGAUCUUGGAUCAACUGCGGCGGAGGUGGUCUCGGCUGGUCUGGCGGUGGUGCUCUGGGCGUCAAGCUGGCGACGGAUGCCGAGAAUGGCGGUAAGGGCAAGGGCAAGUUUGUUGUCCAGAUUGUGGGAGAUGGAACUUAUCUCUUCACCGUCCCCGGAAGUGUCUACUGGAUCUCGAAACGAUACAACAUUCCCGUACUAACUAUUGUGCUCAAUAACAAGGGAUGGAAUGCGCCCCGAAGGUCACUUCUGUUGGUUCACCCUGAGGGCCUAGGUUCCACGGCUACCAACGAGGAGAUCAACAUCUCAUUCGACCCUGUACCGGACUAUUCUGGCAUCGCCAAGGCGGCCGCUGGUGGAGAUAUCUUUGCUGCCAAGGUGGAGCAGUCGGCAGAUCUUGAAAGCGUCCUGAAGGAGGCCGUUGCCAAGGUCCAGAGUGGCCAGACUGCAGUCAUUGACUGUAAGGUCGUGUCUGACUGCUGAGAAAUGCAUUAAUGAAUGAUGACAACCAAUGAAGACAAUAAAUACGAUGUAUUUCAAAGAGAACACCGAGCUAGUCAAACAGGAAAGAGAGGGUUUGAAUUGAGAGUAAUCGGGGGCAGCCACGAUGAAAUUUGUCAUUUCCUUGAAUAUUGAUGUCAAAAUAUAAACAUGUCGUAA